CUCUUCGUUCAUACUCACUGCUUCAAGCUCACCUAGUCCUGCUGACACCAUCAUGUCCACUCCAAAUCAUCGCUCUUCUUCGCCGUUGCACUUCCCUACCUCUUCUGCAGGGGAUACGCCAAGAGCCUCGUCGAUUCGAAACGCUGCUGUGCGCGGCAAUGCUCCGGGCAGCUCAUCCCCUCUGCACUUCCCGACGUCGUCCGCUGGUCGCCCGCCGUCUAGUGCCAUUCGUCGUAGCGGUCUUGGAUCCGAGGCCAGUGACCUGAGGACAGGGCAACGCAGUGCCCUCGGAAGAGUCAGAGAGGAGACUCCUCUGUUCUUUCCUGCCUCGGCUGGAUCGACACCUAGACGAACGAGACGAGGCGACAUCCAUUCUUCUUUUCCUCUCUCAUCUCCUUCGCUUACCCGUCGUGCCGCUCAACAACAGCCUGUACAGGAUUCGCUCUUCGCGGGCGCCUCUAACUCAGCCUACAAUGAUCCUUCUACUCCGGCGGCUAAUGGUCAUAUUCCCUCUGGACCAACUUUGUCAGCUGUAGAUGGAGAUGGGUAUAUCGGUGACGAUGGUGCGGAGAACAGCUUGGUCAAAUAUAUUUGGGGUACGACCAUCUCACUUCAGGAGUCUAUGAACGAUUUCAGGUCGUUCCUUCGAGGGUUCAAGAUUAAAUAUCGCGCGGCUUAUAACUCCAACACUGCGAAGGCUUUGAUCGAGGAUGGUGGGGUCGCUCCGCCUCCAAUGCCAUUGUACGAUGGUCUCACCGCCGCCCAAGGUGAACAACUGCUUUACGAAAAAUACCUGCGACAACUUCGAGAGACUGGUCAAAAUAUUCUCAACCUAGACUCCAUCAACCUUCUUGCUUACCCACCUACGAAAAAAUUGUAUCACCAGCUCAUCAACUAUCCUCAAGAAGUUGUUCCCAUCAUGGAUCAGGUCCUUAGGGAUGUGAUGAUUGAGUCAGCCCAGGACGAGUUGGAGAGCCUGCAAGCAAAGGUCCAAGAGGGGUCAGCUUCUGAGUUGCAAAUAUCGGUGGUCGAGGAGGAAGUGAAAGAGAUCGAGGGCAGAAUCUUCAAGGUCAGACCAUAUGGAGGCGAGAAGACUAUCAAUAUGAGGGAUCUGAAUCCUGGAGAUACCGACAAACUCGUCAGCGUGAAAGGCCUCGUCAUUAGAGCCACACCCAUCAUUCCCGAUAUGGUCACAGCCUUCUUCCGAUGCCUCAUCUGCCAGCACACCGUUCCAGUGGAGAUUGAUCGAGGUCGCAUCACGGAACCUGAAAGAUGCCCGCGAGAUGUCUGCAAUUCGAAGGGCACCAUGUCGCUCGUUCACAACAGAUGCGAAUUCACCGAUAAACAAGUCAUCCGUCUGCAAGAAACUCCAGAUGCUGUACCUGACGGUCAGACGCCUCAUACCGUCUCGCUCUGCGUCUACGACGAGCUUGUCGACCUCGUCAAGCCGGGUGACCGAGUUGUCAUCACUGGUAUUUUCCGUUCAAUCCCGGUCCGCGUGAAUCCCCGUCAACGGAGUAUCAAGAGUCUUUUCAAGACUUAUGUCGAUGUCGUUCAUGUGAAGCGAACCAACAUUACGCGUAUGGGAUACGAUGCGUCUACAAGAGGCGGAGAAGGCAAGCCUCCAGGUGUCGGGGUCGGCGGCGAAGACGACGAAGAGGAAGCUCUUGCUCGACCAAAUGGGAUGGACAUUGACGAGGAUGAGACUCAGGAGGAAAGCGCUUUCUCAGCCACCAAAGAGAUGGAACAGAAACUUUUGGACCUGUCUCGCAACCCCGAAAUCUACGACCUGUUGGCUCGCUCCAUGGCCCCUUCGAUCUGGGAAAUGGACGAUGUCAAAAAGGGCAUUCUGCUUCAAUUAUUUGGAGGUACGAACAAGUCUAUUGCUCGUGGAGGUGGUGGAGGCGGACCGAGAUAUCGAGGGGACAUCAACGUUCUCAUGGUUGGAGAUCCUGGUACAGCAAAAUCGCAGAUCUUGCAGUAUGUUCAUAAGAUUGCACCAAGAGGCGUCUAUACCUCGGGCAAAGGAUCAUCAGCAGUUGGACUGACGGCGUACGUCACUCGAGAUCCAGAUUCCAAGCAGUUGGUCCUUGAGAGUGGUGCUUUGGUCCUCUCAGACGGGGGUGUGUGUUGCAUCGAUGAAUUCGACAAAAUGUCAGAUGCGACGAGGAGUGUGUUGCACGAAGUCAUGGAACAACAAACCGUUUCCAUCGCUAAAGCUGGAAUCAUCACCACACUCAAUGCUCGGACGUCUAUCCUUGCCGCCGCCAAUCCCAUUAACUCGCGCUAUGACCCGAAGCUCCCCAUCCCGCAGAACAUCGACCUACCACCGACUCUUAUCUCACGAUUCGACCUCUUGUACCUUGUCCUCGACAAGGUCGAUGAAUUGAACGAUCGAAGAAUGGCAAAGCAUCUUGUGGGACUGUACCUCGAGGACAGACCAGACACUGGUGGACACGACAUCCUUCCUGUGGAGACCCUGACAGCCUACAUCACCUAUGCUCGAGGCAAGAUCCAACCUCAACUCACAGAAGACGCGUCCAAUGCUCUGGUCACGGCUUAUGUGGACAUGCGCAAAGCCGGUAUCGAUUCGCGAACCCAAGAGAAGCGUAUCACCGCAACGACUAGACAGCUGGAAUCCAUGAUCCGACUCAGUGAGGCACAUGCUCGCAUGAGAUUCUCCGAGAGAGUGGAGCUGGCCGACGUGCAGGAGGCGCAGAGAUUGAUCAAAGCUGCCCUCAGGGAGAGCGCGACCGAUCCUUUGACUGGACAAAUCGAUCUCGACCUCAUCAACACCGGGGCAGGUUCUACGACUCGUCGUAUCCGAGGUGAUCUGAAACAAGAGAUCCUUUCACUCGUCGACGCCGGGGGCCGGACUGGCCUACGAUGGACAGCUGCUAUUCGAGCUUUGGAACAGCAAGCUUCGGUUCCUGUCGACCAUGCCGAGUUUGCGGAAGUCGUCAGGGCACUGGUUGACGAGGGUGUAUUAAAGAUCGUUGGCGAGAGGGAAAGGCGGACUAUUAGACGGCUCGCAGAUUAGGAACUCGGUCAGCUUUAGUCAAGGUACUUGGAGGGUUUAAUGACAGGAGGUAAUUGGGCAUUGAGACAUGUAUCUUUGUUAAUGGUGAA